AUGACGGUGCCUGGCCUUCACCAGGCAGCUGCUGCACGCAGCGAGCUGAUGUCGAAGGCAUCGGCAGGAUGGCGGGGUGCGGAGAGGUGCCGACCCAGGGCGGGGGCUCUGCGCGAGCGCUUCGCGAGCUUGCUGCGCAGCUUUUGCAGCGGCCAGCGGGCUCCCGGGGGAGCGGUCUCCGGCCUCAUUACCCGUGGCGGCGGAGCUGCUGCCGACGUCCACACUCUCCGGAUGGUCCUUAACGAUUCGGAUUACUGGGAGGCCCCGGAGAAGGACACGCUGCUUCCCACGCUCAUCCUUAGCCAAGCCGAGGCGCUGGCAUCCCCGAAGAGCGUCAGAACCGCCGAGUUUCCUUGCUCGCCGCCGCCCGGUAGCCAGGCGUCACCGCAGCGGAGCCCAUGUACAGUUACUCUCUGCGACGGUGAGGGGUCGUCGCCAAGGUCCUCCGUGGCCGACAGCGACUACGGGCUCUCCUCCUGGCAGCUCGAAACCUCCGGAAAGGAGGCCACGCUGCUCGAAGACUGGCAGAGCUCCCGUUGGUUGCGACGGGUGGAGCGGAUGGAG